AGGUUGCAGACUCGUGAACAAGCGUGUUUGAAGGAUUUUUAAGUAGAAAUUUGCGUUAGAAGUGCGUUUAAUCUUCAAAACCAAUGCGUAUUUUGAUAUUUUAACCAGUACAUACUGUUUGUAAAGACCAAGCGACGCGUACAAGUAUUUGCCACUGAUGAAAUCGAUUGUUCCGCUGCCUACUUGACAUUUUGCGUUGGUGUAUUGGUGCGCUUGUAGGCUGGUGUUUCCGGAGAAGACACGGAAUGCGAAAGAAAAUAACCGAAAGAAAUGGUGGAACAAUCAUCAAUGGUGUGUCCUAUGUGUUACUUGUUCAAAUUUCCCCGGAAAUGCACUGGAACGAACGAAUCUGCGAAGAAUAAGGACGCCCUACGGCUUGUGUGCAUGUGAAGUGGUAUCGCGGUAAGCGAUUUCGUAACAGUGAUAUUUGUUCGCCUGAUUACAAUAUAUGUGAUGUGAAAUGCUUAAUAGGUAGUGUUGGCAGCAUUAUGUAAAAUUGUGUUUAGUAAUGAUGAAUAAUCCUUCCUCUGGUAUAUAUGAUACAAAAGCUGGAUAAAGCUGGUAGUGCCUUUACCAAGAAAUUUAAGAGCAACCUGUGGAAGAAACUGACAGACCAAUUUUGUUUCACCGCUGGGUUAGCAACGAUGCAAACUGACCCUCGAAAAUAGUGUGAAAAAGAAUAUAAGUUCACAACCAGUAAAAAUAGUGUUUGCUACAAACGUUACUAUUCCUUCAUGCUAUGGUAUGAAAAUGAAUGUGAAGCGAAACAAAAUACUUCGUGACAGUUAUUUCAUGUGUGAGAUUUUUAAGUGUGUGGUACUUAUCGGGUAUUAAAACUUAAACGAAACAAGUAAACGAAUACUAAUCACAAAUGGAGAUUUCAUAUGCGAUGGAUAACAUGAACAGACUAUCUGGAGCAUCGACAUGGAAAACUGUCAAUGGUAAUGUGAAAUCCAUUAAAUGUUAUUCAACUGUUGCAAAUACUAAAGAAAGUGAAAUAAACAGUCGAAUUAUGACGAACCAGAUAGAUAGAGUCUCAACAAACGUGACCUACUCUAAGGCACAUCUACUCGAAUUCUACAAGUUCCUGACAAGAAAUUCUGGAAGGAGACGAAUGCGAAUACAAUUUAAAAAACUAUGCCAGGGAUUUGCGUGUUGUGUUGUUGUUUUUUUAAUUGUAAGCUCUAUUUUUCCAAUAACAGAUGCGUGUUCGAGUCGAACAACACCAAAGCCUCGGCCACCCAGUCCGACACCUAGACCAAAUAUCACGUUCCAUACAUAUAAAUGUCCUCCAGCUUAUGCGGCUUGGUAUUGUCUCAACGAAGCCACCUGUUUUACCGUUAAGAUUGGGGAUUCGUUGCUGUAUAAUUGCGAAUGUGCUGAUGGAUACAUGGGUCCCCGAUGCGAAUACAAGGAUUUAGAUGGUUCAUAUUUGCCUACUCGUCCACGAGUUAUGCUGGAAACGGCAAGUAUAGCAAGUGGGGCCAUCGGAUCUUUAGUUUUAAUCAUAAUUGGAUGGUGCUGUUGGUGUAUUCGAAGACAUCAGCAACGUAAAUUGGACGGUAAAGAACAUAACGUAGACACUGUUGAUUCUCCAGGUAUUGUACAUGUUAUCCACAGCGAAAGGUUGUUGCGUCCUUUUGGGACACACCAUCUAAAAACAAUUCCUAUGAGUGAUUCAUUUAAGUGAUAUAACAUUGUACAAGAUUCAGUAACAUCAUAAAAAUCAAAUCAACGAGGCAAAUCACAGUAGAUUAUCUACGAUAAGGUUAAUCGAAUGAAGUAAAUGUUAAAUCAUGACAGAACAUUGUGCAAAAUUUUUAUGACCACAUAAUAAUGAUAAAGACAUAUAAAAAUAGAAUGUUUGCACUACAAAAGUAUUUCCAUGGGAGAGCAGUUUUAUUAGCAGCAUUUUUAAUGUUUGGUAUUUCAGCAUUUAGACCUUUAGUCUAUGUGUCUAAAGUAAUAUAAAAGCUAUUUUGAUUCAAGAGCAAAAUACCAAAUGUACCUAGUUUUCUAAUCCAUAUGGAAGAUUAAUGUAAUUUACCAGUUUUAAUUGAAGGUACGAUCGUAUUUUGAGUUAUGCUAAUUCAAUAAUAGACACGAAAUUCUAUUUACUCUUUAGUCUUCAUAGAGAUAAUCAAUCAUGUUCCAAAUAACACAGAAGAAUUUUGUUAUAUAAUAUCAUAAUAAAUCACUAUUAUGAUGUUUUUUCCGUACUUCUUAUUUCAACAUGGGGAAUAAAAUCCUUAGAUUUUUCCUUUACGCACAAAUUGCUUCUACGUGUUAUUUGAAGACUAGUUAAUAGUUUCACCAAAUUGAUACAUAAUACAUUCUGAAAAUAACAUUCUUUGAUCCGUUUAUUUCGUUACAUCUUUAACUAUUGUAGUGCCUAUUGGUUUACUUUCUUUGAUAGUAUCAUAUUUAUUGAAUAUUUAUUACGUAACAAGAAUUAGAAGGGUAAAAAUAUUCAACUGAGUAACAUUGUUGGAACAAGCGCCUUACAAGGUAAAAUCAGAUAUGACUAUGAAUAAUGAAUUUUAUUAGAUUUAUUUGUUUACGCCAGAUGUUUAAGUUGCGCAUCAAAUCGGAAAUAAAAUGAAAAUAAUACAUUGGACUGGAUAUUGAAUACACUAGCAUUCAACCGAAAACAAUGGUAGAAUUAAGAUUUUCUUCUCAAAUGUAGUCUCAUCUUUCAAUUUCCUAAAAAAGAGCAUACUAAGUGAAAUAAUACGGACUAAUUUUUGUUUUAUAAACAAAAACAUGUGCAAAACGGAGACUAAACAUAAAAUUAAAUAAUUUCAUUUAUUUUUCCCCGAUAUUCGUACUACAGAAAUUUGAAUACAGAAGAUAGAGAAAACGAGUAUAGAUGUAUCUACACUGUAAAGAAUGCAUCUCAUUAAUAGCAACUCACUUACACCAUUGUUUAAUGAGAAUUGAAGUUGAAUUCAAGAACAAAAAACAUCAAAAACAUGUUAUACAACACAUGAGAUAACAAGUUAUGGCAAACAUUCAAUAAUAAUCAUAAAGUAGGUUUCAAACGAAACUUUUCUAGAAUAUGUUGAAGAUAUUCAAAUACGGGCAGUUUCCGAGAUACACGCUACCUCUAAUAAGCGAAUUUGGAGAUACGCGGUUUUUGAAAUUUGACAGCUGAGUUAGUUUAUAUUAAAAAAAAAGGCAAGCGGGUAAAAACAUCAUUUAAAAUGCCUUCUAUCUCAAUGUGAAUAUUUGUUUUAAAUUUUUGUUAAUAGUUCUUUUCCGCAGAAGUCGCCGAAACUGCUGAAAAAAUAAAGAGCAAAAAUGAAAGUCGCAUGAUUCUGUAACAUUGAAGUAUAAACGAUAUUGCCUAGCGGAUUAUAGCUAUUAUAGUAGCUGGUCCGCUAUAAUAGUAUAUCUUGGAGACUGCCUGUACAUACACGAUGCACUUAACACUGCCAAUCUUUAAAAAUGAAAAGGAUAAACGCGUAGUGUAGGUCGCCUUACGAAAUGGAAAUUUUUCUAAAAUAAAAAUAUUAGUAUGGUAAACAUGCAGUAAUGAAACACGAUAGAAAAAAGCGUGUAAAGAACACGUUAUUAUACUGUAUUGUAUAUAACAUAUUAUAUACUUAUCUUACCAUGAAAGUGUCUUAAAACGAACGCAAUUGUACAUAUGCCUUUUAAUUUAUAGCUUUUAUAAUUAUAAUAUAACCGUAUUAUUUAAAAGAGACAAAAUAGAUAAAUACAUCGAAGCCCUCUAAACAAACAUAUUGCAAAGGAUUAUAUGAGUAUGUUUAUUGCUUUCGAAAUUAUUUUAUAUGCAAUUCAAAAUGAUUAUUAGUCGGUUAACAACUGCUUCGAUAAGUACUGCUUAAUUAAAACAUUAUUUUAAUUAUCUUAUUUAUAAUCUUUUGUAAUAUGCUCCGAGCUUUAAUAAA